AUGUGGUGGUUCCUCACAAUCUCCCUGCUGACCCUGGUAUACUACAUCUGGCAGAAGCUGGGAACUUUGGGCAAGAAAUAUCCCACUUGUCUGCCCUCUCUGCCCAUUGUUGGGAGUCUUCCCUAUAUGAAAUCCCCUGACCCAGCACACAUUCAGUUCACCAAGCUUAAGGAGAAGUAUGGCCACAUCUUUGCCUUUUGGAUGGGCCCUUGGUACACUGUGGUAGUGAACCACUUCUCAUUCGCCAAGGAGGUGCUUCUCAAGAAGGGCAGGGACUUUGGCAGCCGGCCCCAAAUGGUAACCACAGACAUCCUGUCCAUGGGCAAGGGGAUUGCCUUCACUGAGUAUGGUCCCCAGUGGAGAACCUAUCGAAAGCUGGUGCAAUCUGCCUUCACCAUGUUUAAGGAACGAUCCGUGAAUUUUGAAAAUAUCAUCUGUCAAGAGGCCGAUUAUCUGUGCAAGUGCCUGGCUGCCACACAGGGACAGAGCAUGGAUCCAUCUUUGUACCUUUUUAUGGCUUCGGCCAACGUGAUCUGCCAGUUUUGCUUCAGCACUUCCUGGAAGCAUGAUGAUAAGGACAUAGAGACCAUGAUGAACUUCAGCUAUAACAUCAUCACAAAUAUAGGCAAGGACAGCCUGGUUGACAUCUUUCCCUGGAUUAAGGUGUUUCCCAGCAAAGAACUGACAGUGCUGAAGAAGAGCGUCGUAGCCCGAAAUAAGCUAUUGGAGAAAAAAAUUAAAAUUCAUAAGGAGAAAUUCAACAUUCAUUCUGUCAACAACCUCCUGGAUGUACUGCUGAAGGCCAAGAUGAACAACGGUCAUCUGGCCGAAGAGACAGAGGUCACAGAUGAGCACAUCCUGAUGACAGUGGGCGACAUCUUCGGAGCAGGAGUAGAGACGAGCAGCAGUGUCAUUAAAUGGUUCCUUGCCUAUAUGUUGCACUAUCCCCAGGUAAAGGAGAAGAUCCAGAAUGAAAUUGAUGAGAAAAUUGGCUUUAGCCGAACACCUGUGCUCAGUGACAGGAACCAACUUGUCUUCCUAGAGUGCUCCAUACGUGAGAUACUCCGCAUACGGCCAGUGGCUCCUUUGCUCAUCCCCCAUAUGGCAUGUACUGACAGCAGCAUUGGAGAAUACAAUAUCCCCAAAGGCACCAAGAUCUACAUCAACCUGUGGUCCAUACAUCAUGACCCUAUGGAGUGGAAUGAGCCAGAAAAGUUUAAGCCAGAACGAUUCCUGGACAAGAAUAAGGAACAACUCAUCAUGCCGACUGCCAGCUACUUUCCAUUUGGAAGUGGCCCCCGGGUCUGCAUUGGGGAGUUCUUGGCCCGGACAGAGUUACUCCUCUUUCUGGCCUGGAUACUACAGAGAUUUGAUGUGGAAGUAGCUGAUGAUGAUGAAUUACCCUCCUUAGAGGGAAUAGAUGGAGUGGUAUUUCAGAUGGUGCCCUUCAAGUUAAAGUUCAAGCUUCGGAAGGCCUGGAAGGAGGCUCAGGUCAAUGCCUAGAGAAUAGUCAGGUUGUCCUCCAUAAGCAAAAUGCAGAAGGAAGUAAUGAGAAAUAGCCUGAGAUGCCCCAAAGCUGCUGUUUCAGGGAAGUAUCUUUCCCUUGCCUCAAGCAUAGAAUCAAUUCCUGCCAUUCAGUCCCUUCCUUCCUACCUCCACUCCACUCUGGAAAACCAUGCUUCUCCCUUCCAUCAGCCUCAGCCCCAAGAGGCAGGCCAGAGCCUUGGGGGAUGGAUGAUUUCUGGCCUUCUGAUUUGCUGCCUCUACUUGGGAUUGUUUCUGUGUCCAGUCCUCUUGGCCAUUCUUUGUAUGCCACGUCCCUGUAGUAACUAGUUCUAACU